AUGCCGCGUGUCGCAAACAAGGUGCAUCGCCGUUCUAAUGGCACCUCAACCCCGCACAAAAACUCACCGGUCAAGAUUCCCCUCAACGAUGAUGAGGGUGAGAAGGCAGCUCGUAUGGAGGCUCGUCAAGCGCGUCAUGAUCGUCAAAUGAGCGAGAUCAAAGCUGCAGUCAAGACGCCUAUGCCACCCCGCCGAUACACUCUCGAUCGUGAAGGAAGCGACAGUCCCGCAACUCCCCGAGCCUCGAGCCACCGCGGUCGCACAAGCGACGUCAACGGCCGCGCAGUAACUCCGAUGAAGCGCGUACCUAUCUUGGCCAAUUUUGAGGAGUGGAUGAAGAUGGCGACCGAUAACAAAAUCAAUGCGAAUAACUCUUGGAACUUUGCGCUCAUCGACUACUUUCACGACAUGUCAUUGCUGAAGGAAGGAGAUAGUGUCAACUUCCAAAAGGCUAGUUGCACCCUUGACGGCUGUGUUAAAAUCUACACCAGCCGAGUGGACAGUGUUGCAACGGAGACGGGAAAACUUCUUAGUGGACUCGCCGAUAGUCGCGAUAAGAGAGGGCGCGGCGAGGAGGUGGAAGAUGGCGAUGGCGAUGAGGACGAGGAAGGCGAAGAUGGACAGGGUCGCAAGUCACGGAAAAAGGCAUGGUCAAUACGAUUUCAAAGUUCCAGGACACGUUCCCAUGAGGCUACCCUCGCCCCGUCGUUCUCGUCGUUACAACUGAAGAAGUUUGAGCUAGAGUUCGCCGUGGACCCGCUAUUCAAGAAAGCAUCAGCAGAUUUUGACGAAGGAGGCGCCAAGGGCUUGCUUCUGAACCACCUUGCUAUCGAUAGCCAUGGAAGAAUUGUAUUCGACAGCAGCGACGAUGCGGUGGAUGAUAGUGCUAAAACCGCCGAAGAUGACCGUCAAGAGUCUACUGGUCCUGACCAGCAAACCGAGGACCAAACAAAACCAACUCCGAAACCCGCAAGCGAUACCUUUGAAGAUAACACAGAGAUCGACCUUGCCACGCUAGCAAGCCAGUUUUUCCCAGAUUUAGAUCGUCUUGAUGAACAAGAUAUUUGUCCAUCGCUCAAGAACCUCGAUCUGGGUGAUCUAAGCGGAUCACUAGAUCUCCCUCUCCUCAAAGCGCCAGAAGAAUGGCGCCAUGACAAGAUGGACGAAGACGGACGAGCACCUGACGACCCAUCUGGUAUUAUGCUCGACGAUGACAACGCUGUAGGUUUUGAUGACGAUGAUGCUACCCUAGCCGGGUUUGAUCUCAGCGGUGACACUGGGUUCGGUGACGGAGGAGAGGUAUGGGCUCGGGAAGCCGCCUUGGAACCGAUGUUGAAUGUUCACCGGGUUGCCCACGAUGGAGAUAAUGACGGCGAGGGCGACGAUGGCGACGAAGACGCAUAUGCCAUCUCUAUGUCUCAUCAAAAUAACAGCCACGACCACGAGAACAUUCUGAGCUACUUCGACAACGCACUACAGAAGAACUGGGCCGGCCCAGAGCACUGGAAGAUUCGAAGAAUCAAAGAGCAUGCAACACCCGCUACAUCGGCACCUAAGCCGCGCAAAGAGAAAGAGCCUUUUGAGAUUGAUUUUGCCACCCCUCUUGAUCCUGCUAUCGCAGAAUUAAUCUACACCCCGGCCAGCUCCAACUCCGCCGUCUCAUUACCGAAGACACAGUGGAAGACAAAGGGUCGUAACCUUCUUCCCGACGACAAGCAUUUCAACUCCCGCAAUCUGCUCACAUUGUUCCUCAAGCCAAAGGCCAGGAUGGGCUCAAAGAAGAUUCUGGGCAAACGCCGGCGGCAGGAUUUAACAUCUGGAAAUGGAGACAUGGACGAAGCGUUUUGGGCAAAUCGCAAGCCGGAAGAAAACGCCGGCGAGGAAGGUGCUGCCGGUGCCUAUGAUGCCAACUUCUUUGCUGAUGAUGAUGGUCUUGCUUUCCCGAACGGUAUGGAUCUCGACGACGACGACAAUCUGCCAUUCGCAGAUGCCCGGGAGAUGCUUUCCCCGCCCCUAGACGGGCCUCCAGGCACAUCAGCCGGGGAAGCAGGUGGAGCAACUGGACUCAGCGCGCUCUUGAAUAUGGUUGGUGCCACACCUGGCCGACCCGGAGCUGGUGGUUACGGCUCACAAUUAGUGACCCAAGGUGGUCGUCGUGCACGACCAGACUACGUUGCCUAUGCACGUGUGGCAAAGAAGGUUGAUGUGCGGCGUCUCAAAACGGAGAUGUGGAAGGGCAUGGGCGAGCGCUUGGUCGAUGCCGUGGACUUUGCCUCAGCUUCACAACCAGGGGCCGUGUCCAGUGAGCCUCCGACCGAACCCGAGAGUGAACCGGAUGCCCCUGCCCCUCUCACACCAAAGGCCGAGAGCCCAGAGCAAAAUGCUGACGCCAAGAACAAUGGCCGACUACGGUUCACGCAGAUCAUGAACUCCCUCAAGACAGUCUACCCGGCUGAAACCCUACGUGAUAUCAGCACAUCGUUUGGGUUUAUUUGUCUUUUGCAUCUUGCCAACGAACAGGGUCUCGUACUUGAAAGUGAUCUCAGCAAGAUGGGCGCUAAUGCGGUGACCUUGGAAGAGAUUUUCGUAAGCAGGGAUACGCACGCUAUCAUUGAAGAGGCAGGCGGGAUGUGA